AUUUAAAUAUCGCUAAUUAGAUAAAAUGGAGAAAGCCAUCUCAGGAGACUCUGAAUCAGAGGUACUAAUCUACCUACUUGUCAAUCCAAGAAGUGGAAGCAGAGAAGGGAGGUCAUACACAGAGUUAGAUGCUAACCACUUUCAAUAUGAGCUGAAUAACGGAGAUACAUGUGAGCUAAAUAUUAUCAAUAUUUUGAUGAAGGAUUCUAUGAAUGAAUUUAAAUAAAUCAACACAUGAAAAAUCUCAAAUUCUUAAUGACGAGAAAGCCUCUAAAACUCUUCAAAAGAUUAUAGUAGUUAUUGUUGGAGGAGACGGAUCAUUUAUGAACAUUCUCAAAGAAAUGGAAGAUUAUGGAAUCAUCCUCGAAACAAUAAUCUUUACUCAGUUUCCAUUUGGCACAGCCAAUGAUUUAGGGAGAGCUUUUAAAUGGGGAGCUUCUCCCUCACGUAAGAUGAAAAAUGAUCUUAACUAUCUGUGAAAUAUUCUUUGCUCUGCAAAAGAAACCGGAUUUGAUAUUUGGGAAAUAAAUAUACACACAGACGAGAUAAACGGUGAUAUUGAAAGUGUUGAUGGAAAUGAACUCGUUUCUCAAGAAACCAAAACUUUUACUAAACUGAUGUGCCACAGCUUCUCCUUUGGACUUGAUGCUCGAAUUGGUCUCAACUUCGAGAAAAGAAGAACAAGAAACAGAUGAUGAAAUAAUAUAAGAUAUGGCCUUGAAGGAUUAAAAAGAGUAUUCUGAUGCUGCUUUUACCGAAGAACCCUUAAGAUUUAGAGAACUUUUAACUAAGUUUUCGCAAAGUUCACGCCAAAGCGACCCUGAAUUUUUUAAAUCAAUGCAAAGUGAUGAUUUUGAUGUAAGUGACUCAGAGAAGCAGCCUAUUCGACAAGAAAGGCUAAAUACAUUAGAGUUCACAAUAGGUUCUAACAGAGAUGAGGAAAACACUUAUUAUAUUCGAGGAAACCCAGUUUCUUUAUAUUGUACAAAUAUUGCUGUCUUAAUGGGAGGUAGAAAUAAUAUCUGGAGAGGAGGAAGAAACAGAAGUGGAAUCACUGACAAAUCUGGAAGACCUAUUGACCCAAGAGUUUUCAAUGAUGCAGUUGCUUAUAAUGAUGGGAAAUUAGAAUUUACUACCUUCUCAUCAAUGUUUCAUCUAAUAUUCCAGAAGUCAAGAAGAUUGAUGCAAUCUGGUGGACCUUUUAUUUUUGAAUUUGAUGAAUACAGAAAGAAUGAAAAAGAAGAAGAGAAAGAAAAGUUAGAGCCCCAGAGAACAUACAUUAAUAUUGACGGGGAGUUUUAUAGAGUUUCGAAUAUCAGAAAGUUGACUAUCUCAAAAUACUUCAAAGAAAAGCAACUAAGGAUUCUUGUCAAUGAAAAAGGAUCAGGUUCCAAAUAAAUUAAUGAUGUCUAAAACCUCAAUCUA